UGAAGAAAAAGACUCAUAAGCAAGAGACCCAGAACAAAAGAGAGAAAAAAAGUCCCAUAAGAUCAAUGGCGUUCGAAGCUUUUGCCGGAAUCAAUGAUCUAAUCACCAAAUCAUGGAAGGCAUCGACCGAAGCUUACAAAACCGACCAAUUUCACAAAGAAGAAGAAAGGGAAGUAAUCUUUUUCUCUUUCCGACCAUCAUUCUCGGAGAAAGAUUGGUUUGCUCCAGAGAACAAGUCUCCCUUUGGAGAAAUUAAGAUGGAUCGUGUUCGAUUCCCUUGUAUGAGAAGCAUAGGCAACGACGUUGACGCUACUGUUAACCAAGCUUUCCUCAAGAAUCUUGAUGUUCUCCUUUCUACAACAUUUUGUAAUCUUGUGAAAAAUGCUGCGGAGAGCAGAAAAUAUCAACGGAUAGUGUUCACUGGACAUUCUUCAGGAGGUGCAACUGCAAUCUUAGCAACAAUUUGGUAUCUGGAGGAAUACUUCAAAAAGAAGAAUGGUUUCCCUGAGCCUCUUUGUGUGACCUUUGGAGCUCCUUUGGUUGGUGACUAUAUCUUCAAGCACGCGCUUGGGAGGGAGAAUUGGAGCCGGUUCUUCGUGAACUAUGUCACAAGAUUCGAUAUCGUCCCUCGGAUCAUGCUUGCUCGAAAAGAAUCAAUCAAGCAAACUCUGCCUCACGUUCUUCCCCAACUGGAUCUUACAAAAGAUUCCAUCCAAGUUAGCGUCCAAAGCAACGCAGAGUUUUACACUACGGUGUUGAAAGACACAUCAACCGUCGCUUAUCAAGCUGUCUGUGAAUUGAUUGGGAACGGAGAGGCGUUCUUGGAGACUCUUUCCAGUUUCCUUGAGCUAAGUCCUUAUAGACCUGCAGGCACUUUUGUCUUCUCUACAGGGACGAGGUUGGUCUCGGUGAACAACUCUGACGCCAUUCUUCAGAUUCUGUUUUACGCUUCUCAGUCAAGCAACGAACAUGAAUGGUCUCUAGUUCCAAAUCAGAGCAUAAGAGAUCAUCGUAGCUACGUGGAAAUGGUACAAACAAUGGGGAUGAGGUCGUUUCAUCAUCUGGAUUUGCCUUUGGAUGGAGAUUCUGUACUCAGUGACCUCGGAUUGAGCACAAGAGCUAGACAAUGUGUCCGUGCUGCAUAUGAGGCAGAGAAGAAACGAGUUGAGAACCAGACUAAGAUAUACAACAAACAAGCUAAGAUAGAAAAGGAACUAACAUGGAUAGAGAUAGAGUACAAGCCAAAGUGUCGAACUCAUAAGAACGGGUACUAUGAUUCCUUCAAGGCUUCUAUGGAUGAGAUUGACUUCAACGCAAACGUCAAGAGAGCUGAGUUAGCUGGUAUAUAUGAUGAGGUGCUUGGUUUAGUCAAGAAAGGUCAACUUCCAGAUGGGUUCGAGGGGAGCAAAGAGUGGGUGGAGCGAGCAAAUCGCUACCGCAGAUUGAUCGAGCCGCUUGAUAUUGCAAACUACCACCGACAUUUAAAGAACGAAGACACAGGGCCUUAUAUGGAGAAAGGGAGACCAAACCGUUACAAACACGCUCAGAGAGGGUAUGAGCAUGAGCUAAUGAAAGAAAGAAAGACUAAAGAAGAGAUAGAGAGAUCCAGUGGCGGAUCGUGCUUUUGGGCUGAGGUUGAAGAACUCAUGGGAAAAGACUAUGAACAUUUUCAGGCACGGAUUAAGAAGUUAGAAUGGUUGCUUGAAGAAUGGAUCAGAGUAGGGGAAGUAGAUGAUGAAAUAUUUCUGGAAGGUUCAACAUUUAGAAAGCUGUGGAAUUCACUUCCAGAGGAUCACAAACGCCAGUCUAAGCUGUUUGGCCGUAUGGGUUGAACAAGAGCCACUUGAACCUGAAAAUGUUUGAUUGUUUAAGAUAUUGGAACUUCCUUGUGUACAAGUGUGCAAUAAAGAGAUGUAAUAGCUCUCUGUCCUAAUGUUUUUGAAAUUUGGUUUCCACUUCAGGAUGAUCUUAAAAUAAGAAACAUGUUCUAAGAUCAUUGUGAAGUAAUGGAAUAGCUCUCUUUUCUAAUUUCAAAUUUGGUUUCCACUUUA